CUGAGGAUUGAGCUGUACACGUUUGGUGAGCCGCGUGUGGGCAACGCCGCGUUCGCCAACUGGUUUCUCGCAUUGUUUUGCGGCGGCGGCCACGAGACGUCCCGCGUCACCCACAAGCGGGAUGUCGUGCCCCACCUUCCCCCCGCUUACUCGGGGUUCGAGCAUGGCCCCCACGAGGUGUGGUACGACAAUGACGGCUCCACGAGCUACGCGAACUGCAGUGACGUGUCCGGGACGGCGUGCCCCGCGGAGACCACGGCCGAGGACGCUGAGUGCAGUAACAGCCUCCUCCCCAUUUCCAUUGCGGACCACCUGAAGUACCUGGGCGGGUGUACGUCUUUGCCGACUCCCUUUGGCGCGAGUGGGGAGCUGCUAUUGGGGACGUCAAGGCAGUGCCGAGGAGUGGAGCCAGGGUAA